AUGGUCACCAUAGCCUUUGAUAAAACCACCCCUGCCGCCACUGCCAUAGCUUCCACGGCCGUACACUUAGAAUUAGUUAGUGACUUGGUAACAAGUUCAUUUUCGGCCGCCCUCAGGAGAUUCAUUGCAAGAAGAGGGAAACCUUCUCACAUAUACAGUGACAAUGGCACCACAUUUGUACGUGCAGACAAUAAGCUUCAACGUUUUCUCUCCAACGAUGUUACUGUUGAAGGUGUGGUGAAUUAUUCGACCUCAGAGGGAAUCAGUUGGAGGUUCACUCCACCUCGUGCCCCUCACUUUGGUGGACUCUGGGAGACAGGAAUCAAAUGUAUGAAGUCUUAUCUCAAACGUGUCAUCGGCAAUGCAGUGCUGACAUUUGAAGAACUGACCACUGUGUUAAUUCAGAUAGAAGCAUGCUUGAAUUCAAGGCUGUUGUGUCUUCUCUCUGAUGACCUAGAUUCUCCUGCUGCUCUCACUCCUGGUCAUUUCCUAAUCAGACAGCCCCUUUGUGCUCAUCCUGAAUCCUCUGUCCUUGAGGUUCUCGCCAAUAGGUUGCACAGAUGGCAACUUGUGCAGCAGUUGCAUCAGUCCUUUUGGAAGAGGUGGUCCACAGAAUAUAUACAUGAUCUGCAGCAACGCAAAAAAUGGACAUCAGAAGGAGCAUGGCAACCCCAGAUCGGCGAUCAUGUGCUGGUCAAGGAGGAUAAUUUGCCUCCCUUGGUGUGGAGGCUGGGUGUCAUUGACCACCUGUUUCCCGGUCCUGAUAAGUGUGUGCGUGUGGUAAAGAUAAAAACUGCUAAUGGGCAUAUUAAGAGGCCUAUAGCAAAAUUGUGUCCCCUACCUAAGCAGUGA